CGGUUCACUUGGCAGACAUCUGUAUUCCCGCUCAGAAAUCCUCGCCUCAGACGAAUAUCCCCAAGCAGCACACAUUUCCCACGUUGUCCAGACGUCCAAACAGGCCGCAAGGGCAGCGGGAGCGGAGGAGUUUGACCCAGAAGAAAAUCUUCAUUCUACUGAUGGACAGAGCCAUAUAGUCAAGCAGAGGAACAACAGAUCAGAUGUCAAAAAUUCAGAAAGUGUCACUUGGUACGAGUUCCUUUCUCAUAAGAAUGAGGAAGAGGAGGAUCGUACAGAGAAGGUGGAGAAAGGCACCAAGGUGAAGAGGACUCUGAGUUCUUUGAGGAACAGAAUGGCUGGUUCCUUUAAUAAAGAUAAGGGUAAGAACCGAGAAAAAGAUCCGCAGAAGGAGAAGGAUGCCAAAGACAAAUUGUGUGGCAGAAGCAGCAGCAGCAACAGCAGCAGCAGCAGCAGUGGACAUUAUUUGGUGCCAGGCGCUUUUUCCAGCUGUGCCACCUGCUCACUGUGUAGCAAGAGCCUGCAGAAAAGGCAUGGCCUGCAAUGCAUGAAUUGUGCUGUGAACGUUCACAAGAGCUGCAGAUCUCUGCUGGGUGAGUGCACCAACAGCAAAAAUAAGAGAGAUUCUCUUCUGAAGUCUGGCUCAUCAGGAUCUCCUUACCCUGCACUGAAAGACUGGGACAGAGAGCAGACCCUGACGGGUCCAGUCUUAUCACAGACCUUGGAUGGCCUCCCAGGUUUGCUGUGCACCCCAGGCAUGACCAUUAGUCAAUGGGGACCUAACAAUCAACUGACUGUCACCUCAACCACCAGCUCUACUGCAGCAUCUACCUCCAACUUUGACCACACUCUCCAUCACCAUAACAGUUCAGGAUCCCUCCUUGGGGAGAUGGAUGAGACUGAUUCUCUCCGCUCAAAACGCUGCAACGAAGAUGCCAUUUCCCUUGCUCCCUCCACUACUGAGUCCAUUAUCGUAGAAGAUGCUCACUAUGCACCAGUGCGGGCGGAUCUGGAGUCUGACGCCCAGGACCUGGAUGCAGAGUCAUGGAGUGUGGUUGUUGAUCAACAGUUUGCGAAAAAGCACUCCAAACAAACUGUUAAAAGACAGGAUGUGAUUUAUGAGCUGAUGCAGACGGAAAUGCACCAUGUGCGAACUCUGAAGAUUAUGCUGCGUGUUUACUUGCGGGAGUUGAAGGACAACCUCCAGAUGGACUCCAGCAGGCUGGACUGCCUCUUUCCUCGCUUGGAAAAUCUCCUGGAACUUCACACACAUUUCCUGUCUUGUCUAAAAGAGCGGCGGCGAGAGAACCUUGUCUUGCCAAGCAACAGGAACUACACUAUCAACAGAGUGGCAGACAUUCUGAUCACACAGUUCUCAGGUGAAAUUGGAGAGAGGAUGAAGGACAGCUAUGGAGAUUUUUGCAGUCGCCACACUGAGGCUGUCAACUUCUACAAAGAACAGAUGCAAAACAACAAAAAGUUCCACAACAUCAUACGGAAAAUCAGAAACCUGUCCAUUGUGCGGAGGUUAGGAGUGACUGAGUGCAAUCUUCUGGUGACCCAACGCAUAACCAAGUACCCACUGCUAGUGGAGCGAAUUCUGCAUAAUACUGAAGCUGGAACAGAAGAGCAUGAAGAUUUGACUCAAGCUCUGGGUCUAAUCAAAGAAACCAUCGUUCAGGUGGACACGCUGGUUAAUCUCUAUGAAAAGACGACUCGACUCCGAGACAUACAUAACAAGAUGGAACCAAAAGCAAUGGGAAAAAUCAAAGAUGGCCGAGUGUUUCGCAGGGAGGACCUGGCACUGGCCAGGAGACGACUUCUUUAUGAGGGCAUCGUCACAUGGAAAGCUGCUUCUGGCAGACUCAAAGAUAUUCUUGCAGUGCUUCUGACAGAUGUGCUGAUAUUGUUACAAGAGAAGGACCAGAAAUAUGUAUUUGCUUCAGUAGAUAACAAGCCGUCAGUGAUCUCUCUUCAGAAGCUGAUAGUCAGGGAAGUGGCCCAUGAGGAGAAAGGCAUCUUUCUUAUCUGUGCUUCCUCCAAUGAGCCAGAGAUGUACAAGAUCCACACCACUUCCAAGGAGGAGCGAAACACUUGGAUGACACGCAUACGACAAGCUGUUGAGAGCUGUCCUCAUACAGAAGAGAGGCUAUUCAGUGAGCAGGAAGAGGCCAGAGCUUCCAGGUUCAAAGAUUUUCAAGAUCGGCUAAGCCAGAAGGAUGCCGUAAUUGUGCAGGCUCUCACUGAGAAGCUGCAGCUGUUUGCAGACAUGGCAGAGUCUGUGGCAGGUCUGGAGGACGCAUCCUUGCGGUGUAGGCUUCUGCUUCGAGGAGACGCUUCAGACCUCCAGCAGGGGGAGGCCCUGCUCAAAGGAGCUCUCACUGAGGUGGAGAACCUCCAGAACCUGCUGCAGUCUCACAUGAGGGAGGAGGCUUCAGUCUCUCAGUUGGAGGAAGGAGCUAUCUCUGGGGUUCUGCCCAGGCGAGCAGACACUUUUGGGGGCUAUGACAGCAGCCCCUCCAUCCUGAAUAAGAAUGGCAGUGUGAAGAAGAACCUUUGUGGCGAGUACAGAAACAGAGACAGAAGCCAGAGAGCCAGCUCUGACCCUCAGCUCAAAGACCUUCGUGGUAACCACACCCAGGAGCAGACGGUUGAUGAGAGCACAUGGUCUCUGGGUAGAUGGAACCGUGUCUGGUCCAACUCCUUCCCUGAGGCUGAGUUCUUUGACAGAGUGCUGAUACUCUCCCAAAGCCUCUAUAGUCUGCAGGCGGUCGUAUCACAGCAGGACAGUCAGAUCGAGCUACAGCGGGCCUCCUUGACUGAGCAGGCCUCUCUGCCCGGCCGCCACAGAGGGAAUGUCCUCCUAGAGCAGGAGAAGCAGCGGACUCUGGCCCUACAGAGAGAAGAACUGGCCAGCUUUCACAAACUACAGUCUCAGCACCAGCAAGAGCAGCAGCGCUGGGAGAAGGAGCGGGAGAGGCACCGGCAGCAAGUCGAGGCCACGGAGGCGAAGCUCCAACAAAGAGAGGAGGAGUGCCGACAGUUGGAGGAACACCUGACAAAAGAGAGGGAGGAGCUUGACCGACAGAGGGAGACAUACCAGCAAGACCUGGAGCGACUGAGGGAGUCCACCAGGGCUGUGGAGAAAGAAAAGGAACGUCUCGAAAAUCAGAGGAAGAUCAAGAGGAAGACCAUUGAGGUGGUUCCUCUGUCUGGUAGUCUGAACGGGGAGCUCCUCAUGUCCUCUGGCAUCACCAGCUCCACCAGCAUCUCCGACCUACCUCCGAAGCCUUUGGUGCGUGCCAGCCUGUCUGUAGCACCAGCGGACUAUCCAGAGCGCCCUGAAGUGUCGCUGCGGCGAGAAACGAGCGCUUCCACUCUGCCCCUGAAGACGGAAGUGCCACUUCAUCUCUUCAGCACCACCAACCAGCAGCACAAACUGGUCGGGGUGCAGCAGCAGAUCCCGACCAAGCUCGCUGCCUUCAGCAGUGGCAAAGGGAAAGUAGCCAAAAGUGGCAAAGCUUCACAUCGCACUGACAGCACAGCCUCAGUAGAUAUGAAGCAGAUGCUGCCAUUGAAGCUGUCUGCCCGAGAUGAAAACUCCCUCAAGGCCAAGCGCUCCAUCAGCCCCCACCAGCAGCUCUCGCUGUCAACCCUGCAUCUCCACGCAGAUCAACUGAGUCCGCCAGACACUCCCGGACCAGACAGCCAAACCACCGUCAGCACCUCUCACCCUUCAAUUCCUCCGAAGCCCGUCAUGCCUCCCGCACAGUCCCAUCCUCAGCCCCCCAGCAUUCCUCCCCACUCCCAGAGUACUGGACUUCUCCAUUUCCAGUCCCACGUGCAGCCACAGGGAGUCAGUCCAAACUCACAGGCUCAUGUCCAGGUAAAUCACGGGCUCAGCCACAGCCAGAGUUUGACACCACCGUUUAAGAUCUCCUCAGAAGACCUCAAUAAAGAGGACGUCAUCUUUUUCUAAACUCCAGUCUGCCACCCUCACAACAAGCACUGAUUAAAAGAAAGAAAUAUAUGGGAUGGAUAUUGAUCCCCAAUCAACCUCAAGGUCCAUUUCAUGGAGACACAAACACUUUAUAUUCAGUGUCGGCAUAUGAUUCACUCAUGUCUGACUGACUUUCUGCAGCCUGUUGCAGAGAACAGAGAGUUUCAGAGCCUCUUUGUCUCACACAGAAAGAAAAUAAUCACAUUUCAUUAAAAAAGAAAAAUAGAGGACGUGCUGUUAAAUUUCUUUUUUAAAUUAAAUAUGAAACAGGAACCUUUGGCAAACCAAAGGCUUCUGGUAACGCGUAUGAAAUGGUCUCAAUGAAGUUAUUACAAUCCAAAGACAUUCACUGUAAGAGCUUGAGGUAAAUACAACUGAAAGGAAUAAAUGUCGUCUGCAUUUCAGAAGACUCUGGUCCGGCUGAAGUAUAAACAGUACAGUAUGAACUCGAAGAUGCUGCGAUAGAAUCCUGGCCCUAAACCACAGGAACUCAUUCAGCAGGAGUGUGGAAGGACUCGGCACUGUCCGUUUGACAUUUCAUUUGCACAGUGUAACUACUGCAUUCCAGACUGGUGAAUGAUCUUUUAAUGAAGUAUUGUUAGUCGGCAUGAAGGUUCAUUUGGUUUACUUUUCUUGUCUUAUUUGUGAUGAUUGCAGCAGUCGGUGGAUUACAUCUUUAAGUGUUGCUUGUUGUUGUGAAACCUGCCAUGGAUUUGGUCCACAGACAGUUUCAGGCCAUUGUGAAAUCAUUUAAAUUAAGGGAUAGUUUGUGAUAGUUUGGUGCUGUUCUUUUCCAGCCCAACCUGAGUGAGACUAACUCAGCGAUGCCUUUCAUGUCUGUCGGUUUAAGUUACUGUAGCUCUCGUUCUGCAUUUCAUUUUUUACAAACACUUGGGGUUAAUCAUUAAUAGUCAUAUUUUUAUUUCUGUGGCUCUUUUAUUAUACACAUUGUGUAUUUUUAAUAGAGAAAUUUGCAAUGUGAGUUUCUGUAAAUUUAUGUAGUUAUUUAAAGUUUUAUGGUGCAUGUUCUGGACUUACACCCAGUCAGUGAAGUAAUUAUCGCUGUGUUUGGCAUCAUUAUCAUUCCGUAUUGGCACCAGAAAGGUCUCAAUGAGUUUGUCACACCUUGGGUUACAUUUCAAAAAGAAAAUAAGAAUCCUCAGGACACACAUGUGAUUGCAUUUCAGUGAGACUGUAGUACACUGUACAUGUCAUGAUAUUUCAUGUUGUUUUCAGGGUAAAACAGAACUAUCAGAGAAGAAGAACAAGGAAAAUCUGGGGUUAAUAGACUUUUAAAACAUGAUGACAAUAAUUGUAUAGUGUUAAAAUACUCUCAAGUGCACUAGUUACCCCAAUUGUUAUUAAGAGAAGUCACACAAUGACAAUGAGGUCUAAAUGUGCAGAGUCAUUCUGCACAGUGUUCACAUCAGUUCAUACCUCACACUCUCAGGAGGGAGUUGUGUGUCCGUGGGGCUCGUUUUGCCGAGUGGACAGUCUGUAAAAUUGCUAGAGUGGAUACAUUUUAAGCUUGUAUGUCUUUGAGAUAUAUAUGAAGAUGUCAUUUUUAAUUGAGGGCCUCCAUUUCUAAUUGACAAGUGUGUUUUAUUGAUCGCCAAUGACAUUUCUGAGUCUUAAAUUUCUGUGCCUGACAGAAAGGCAAUACUGUGAUGGUACGGUGGUCCUGCUGCAAAAGGACCAUCAGCUGUUGUUUAUGAUUUCACUCCUCGUCUUUUCUUUCCAGAUUAAAUAUGUGGAUGACCAUGCUCGGAAUUUUCCUCUAUAUGUAUGUGGGAUUACUGUAAAUCCUGGAGUAGCUGACACGUGUUCUUUCAGAAGAGCUUUUCGUCUUUGUCCAAAUAAGGUGUGAUCACUACCUGCAGUUUGAGUGGGUUUCCUGAUUGUUGAUGUAUAUUAUGUAUAUUGAUGUACAUAUUGUACUUAAUCUCUUCUGCGCUGCGCUCUUUCUCCAUUAUAAUUAGAAUGAAAUGUUUUACAUGAUUUGAGAUGCAUACGGCCAAUAUUCUGUGUGAACAUGUAUAGACGUUUAUAGAGACACAAUGUACUACACUGUAUGUCUUACUUGGAAAAGCACGCAGCAGUUCAUGAAACCACAAUCAGUCAUUUUGCGAUGUAUAAAUCAACUAAAAUGUGUGUAUUUAA